AGACAGAUAAACAUGUUAAAGCGAGUUUAUUUAUAACUCACACUGAUAACAGUUUCAGAUGCACUUUCUACAUGUACAAAGCGAACGGAAACUUUCUUCUUGUGCAUACAUGUUGAUGGUUAGACUUCAACCUGAUUGUUGAUGAUAAACGUUUGUUAAUUGUAGACUGUUUACCAUUUGAUUGUAAACUGUGUACCACGGAUGGUAUUUUAACCUUAAACAACACGCUAGUAGAAAACUAUAAGACAAAUUGUUAAAGGGUUAUGAAUUGGUGUUUAUUCAGAAACAUGAAUCAUUCUUUUAAUUGGACUUUUCAGAAGGAAUGUACCUAGAUAAAAGACAAGCAAAAUGCAGUCGAACGCGUUGAAUUUCGUGUUCGGUUUAACUAUCGGACUGGUGUUCUCGUACGUAACAAUCUCCUAUAUGACCGGUUUUCACAUUCCCCGGCCUACACAAAUGCGUUUCGUUGCGACGGGUGAACCGGAAAUGAAGCUAGAUUCCGCUGGGCGCAUCUUCCUGAACCACGAGGACUUGGAGAGAUUCGGGGCCAUAGUGCAUCCCGUCGAGUUUAAGGACACACAUGCACACAACGAUGAAGAUGAAGAAGCGCGACGACUGGAGAAGGAGGUACGCGUGCUCUGUUGGGUCAUGACCAGCCCCCAGAAUCUGGAAUCCAAGGCAACGCACGUGCGUCGAACGUGGGCGCGACGCUGUAACAAGCUUCUCUUCAUCAGCUCGGUGACCAACGAAACAUUUCCCACUAUCGGCAUCGACGUGCCGGAAGGGCGCGAUCAUCUCACGGCGAAAACUAUGAAAGCUUUUAAAUAUAUCUUCGAGCACCAUAUGGAUGAUGCCGACUGGUUUAUGAAGGCUGACGACGAUACGUACGUUAUUCUUGAAAAUAUGAGAUACUUCUUGUCCGGACAAAAUACAAACGAGGCUAUUUACUUUGGCCACCAUUUUAAACCGCUUGUGAAGCAGGGGUACUUUAGUGGCGGAGCGGGAUACGUACUAAGUAAAGAAUCACUGCGCAGAUUUGGUGCGCACGGAAAUAACGCAUCCGUCUGCAGGCAAGAUGGCGGCGCGGAGGAUGCGGAAUUUGGGAGGUGUAUGGAAAAACUAGGCGUAAAAGUGGGAAAUUCUACCGACAAACUAGGGCGCAGUAGAUUCCACUGUUUUGAUCCCGACACACAUCUCACGGGUAAUUACCCGGACUGGUACUACAAGUACGAUGCACACGGGGGUAAAAAGGGUCGUGAGAGCAUCAGUGACUAUGCUAUUUCCUUCCACUACGUACCGGUGGCGAAAAUGUACGCUUUGGAGUUCUACAUUUACCAUUUGAGACCGUAUGGUUUACAGUCGGGCAAACAGGAGUUGAACCAUGAUCGGGGCAACUGACCGGAAUGAAAAACAAAUAUAUAAAAAAUACACUAUUUAUUUUGUGCAAGAUCAUACUUUUAUACAUACUAUUUACCACUCGUGUGCAUAAUACAAUGAUCCGAUCCUAUUUUCGCAUGUUUAAUGGCAUUUGGGAAUGCGUGCACGAUCAUUAACAAAUGUAUGUGUUAAACAGGUGCGUUAAGAUUUACAUUAAUAAUUUUCUUAAGUGAUUUACGGAAAACAGCGCACAUCUGCAAAUCUUGGGAAUUCCAGUGGACCAUGGUGCUCUUUAUUUUAUAUGGAAAACUUCUUGUGUAUAGUAAGAUUUGAUGUUAUGUGAUCGGCGUAUGGGAUUCAGAGAGUAGGUUGUUCCGGUGUGCGCUGGAAAUCUGCCUUAGAGCGGGUAUAUAUUAUUGAUGCAUUUAUCCAUUUUGCUUCAUAACUUAGUUAAUUCAUUAUAUACCAUUUUAAUAACAUUUUAAUAUAUGCAAAUCAGUUCUUUCAGAAAUAAAAACAUCGAUGCGUUUUGUUAAUAAAUGUGAGGGUUUCAUUUAAUUUCUAUAUAUGCAGAGAACUGUAUAUAUUUGGUUUUGUGGUUUUAUUCGCGGGAUUUGGUAAUUCCAAUAGUAAUCCGUUAUUUAGUAUAUGUUUUAUGUUUUGGCAUAUCACUUUGAUGCAUACAUGCUGUGCGAUUAUAUCAUUUUCUAUAAAUACAUGUAUAAAUAUUUUGAUGAUAUGCUCUAUCCUAAUUUGCAAUUAUUAGGCACUAUAAAUAUAUGGUGACGUAAGUGCUUUAUCAUUAGAAGGGCCUGUAUCCACAACCCGAUUUCCGCGUCCACACAUUUCGAAUUCAAAGUAUAUCAGUAUUUAAACAAAUAAAAGUCAGUGGUCGAUUGAUGAUAGCACAUUAUUGAAUUAUAGAUUUACUGAUUUUUAUAACAUAAUUGUCAUCAUACUGGCUAGAACUCCUGCAAAUCAGACCAAAAAGGGCAUUUUCGGACUAUGUUAUCUUUAACAUCUCUUAUGUUUUGGGGUUAUUUUAACUUGUGAUUUGAAGCAUAUGCGGAUUUUACUUUAGAACAGGUGUGUUUGGUAAAUGCAUCUGAUUGUAGUGUUCAUCGAAAAAGUUUUUUGUAUAAUCAUGUAUAUUUUUACAGGAACAAUAUAUUUCUAUGUACGUGUUGUGUGAUGUCGAUAAAAUCGAUGUGUUACUAUGUCUGUUAUGGUUUUAAGGGACACAAGUUUUGAUAUUGUUAAUUUAAUCUCGAGUAAUAUUGAUCUCCCUUUAUUAGUCUUCAUGGGUUAACCCUCCAACUGUCUUGUCUUUCCGUCCAAAAUUUUGUCCUAAUAUUUUCUGUAAAAAAAGACCACUUAAGAUACUCGGAUGAAACAUAGCAUACUUAAAACGGGCAAUAAGAGAAGUAUGCUCACCAACAUUUUUACAAAAAGUUAAAGGACGUCGUUGUUAAUACAAUUAGAACACGCCCUAUCUUAAGUGUAUACAUUCAAAAAUUGGAAACAAUCAAAAAGUACUUAAGAUAUUUUACGAACAUUGGUAUAAACAUUCAGCUAAAGGUUUAACAUAUGUCUGUUAACCCAUUCAUGCCUAGUGGACUCUCCCAUCCUUCUAAAUUGAAUCAAUUUAUUUCCAAAAUUAUGGAUGCCUAGUAUAUUUAUUUCUAUAUUUAGAAUAUUUCUUACAGAAAUUCUGUUUAGCAAACAGCGCAGACCCUGAUGAGACGCCGCAUCAUGCGGCUUCUCAUCUGAGUCUACGCUGUUUGCCAAGACCCUUUUUCUAGACUUUAAGCAUAAAUGGGGUAAUGUUACAUUGCUUAUCCGUCCGUAUAGCGGUCAGUCUGCAGGACACUGACAUAACAAAAAACUAUAUAUCACCAAACGGGAUCUCGAGAUUUUUCAGAAAGUACUUACGAUCAUUGAACGGAACUUUAGACAAUUGUAAAUGACCGUGUGGGGAUUAUACAAGACCUUUCCGCAUCCACCGGCGGCCAAAGGUCAGGGCACGUUUAUUACUAACCCUAUCUCUACCAUACAACAGUAUUUUACCAUGUCAUUUCAUACACAAAUAUAUUUUACUAUACCUUGCGUACGCUGCAGCUGUGUUAAAUUUAACUUUCAUUAUAACAUGUAUUUUUAAACGCUUAUAAAUGCGCUAUCAUAAAAAUAUUAUCAUGAAACUCGCAGGUCAUAUAGACGUUGUGAUAAGAUUAUGCGCCACCUUUAAAAACAAAACAAAAAGGCAUGUGCUACACGCUAUUUUGCAUUUUUAUUGAGAUUCAACACAAACGUACAUAUGAAGGGAAAUGUGAACGUUAAUUCAUGAGUUUCAAUUGAUAGGGAGUUUUGCCCAAUCAGCAGGAGACUCCUUUAUUGUGUGGGAUACUGCAAAGUUUUUGUUAUAAUUUAAAUGUUUGUAGUGCUUGUAUCUUGUCCACUAUGUUAUCGGGUUUAGUUCUUUCUCUGAUGUGUCUCGUAAGAUACGCAGAUGAGUGGUUGUGAUGAGUUUUAUUGUUUCAAUAAACUUAUCAAAUUUA